AUGUCGCUGAUCAUCGCCUCCUCUCUUCUUGCCAUGGCUGCUGCACAAUACGCACCUGUUGCACCACCUGGCGCUAUGUGCAAUCCGGGAUGUAUAGGAGGUGCAGCGUAAGU